GAAAAAGUCUUUAGUUUUUUUCGUAUUCUCGUGAGAACUGCAUCUCGAACAUGAUUGUGUGAAUAACAUUUGCUUGAAAUUUUAUUAGUUUGCUGAAAUAUAAGUGGAAAAUAAUCGUUUCGUUGUCGUACAAUCAAAGUGUUAUUCAGAAAACAUUAAAAACUGAAGUGAAUUUCCGCAGAGAAUCUAAUAAUUUGUGUGUAUCGAUUGCGAAACCGAAAAAUGGCUGGAAUGAAGUGAUUUUUUUUUGUCUCCUUCAGUGACGAUGGAAAUAUUGAGUUUUUAUUGAAUAUUGUCAACAAGACCGUAAAUAUCGACACAGUUGAUCAACCAUGGCCGAAGAUGAGAUGGACACGUCUGUACGGGUGGCCGUUAGAAUUCGGCCACAAAUCCCACGUGAACUGAUUGAUAUGUGCCGUAUGUGCACAACUGUCACACCGAAUGAGCCACAAAUAAUUCUUGGUGCCGACAAAGCAUUCACAUUCGACUUUGUAUUUGAUACAUUCAUCCAGCAAGCUGAAAUAUACAACAGUGCUGUGGAUCGGUUGGUGGAGGGAUCGCUGAAAGGUUAUAACGCAACAGUGUUAGCCUAUGGACAAACGGGAUCGGGGAAAACCUAUACAAUGGGAACGGGUUUCGAAACAGAUGUCCAUGAAAAUUUUGAAGGAAUAAUACCAAGAGCUGUACGACAUAUAUUCGCCGGUAUCGAAAGAUUACAACAAAAUCCCUACGACGGAAAUGGAGAAUGUCUGGGCAAUAUUCAAUUUAGUGUAGCCGCUCAAUUUAUGGAGUUAUAUAAUGAAGACAUUAUUGACUUGCUGGAUCCUUACAAUAAGUCAAAGGUUUACAAGAUCCAUGAAGACCUUGCUGGUGGUAUUGCCGUCACAGGUGCUACAAUCAAACCAUUAAACGGACCUACUGAUGCCAUGAGAUGUCUGCAGCAAGGAGCGCUGGCUCGGACAACAGCUUCUACACAAAUGAACGCACAAUCGUCCCGAAGUCAUGCUUUGUUUACCAUUUUGAUUCGUCGACAGCGAGUGAUUUCAUGUGAAGAAAGUGGAAUGCCAGAGGAUGACUUGGAAACUUUAACAUCGAAGUUCCAUUUCGUCGAUUUGGCUGGCUCAGAAAGGUUGAAGCGGACUGGUGCCACAGGUGAAAGAGCCCGUGAGGGAAUUUCAAUUAAUUGCGGAUUAUUGUCUUUGGGCAAUGUCAUAUCCGCAUUAGGCGAUAAGUCGAAAAAGGCCUCACACAUUCCCUACAGAGACUCGAAGCUGACGCGACUGCUUCAAGACUCGUUGGGGGGAAAUAGUCAAACUCUUAUGAUCGCUUGCAUUUCGCCCAGUGAUCGUGACUUCAUGGAAACACUUAACACACUCAAGUAUGCUAACCGAGCGAGGAAUAUUAAGAAUCGCGUCCAAAUCAACCAAGAUCAAAGUUCGCGAACGAUUUCGUCGUUGCGCAGAGAAAUUGCAGCACUUCAAUUGGAAUUAUUGGAAUAUAAACAGGGAAAACGAUGCGUUGACGCUGAAGGCAAUACAUCGAUAACGGACGCAUUUCAAGAAUCGGCUAUGUUGUUAGCGGAUAACAAGCGAAUGCAGCAACGGAUCAAGGCGAUGCAAGAGACAAUAAAUAAUUUAACAGAACGAAAUGUCGGUUUGCUCACAAACAAAGCCGUUCAAGAUUGGAGUGAAGCCGGUUCAGACAAAUCCGUUACGGAUUUGAUAAGUGGAUAUUUACAGGAAAUUGAAAAGCUACAGGCUCGCCUUAUUGAAUCAGAUCAAAUGUACCAGCAACUCAAAAAAUCCAUCAACAGCCCGAGAAAUCCAGCGUUCAUAAAGGCAGGUAGAAGUGAUGAUGUUGAUGUUGUUAUUGGUAUAGCCAAAAAAGAGUUGGAAAAGGAACGUGAAACUCUAAUGUCUCGUUCUUUACCUGGAAUUGAGAACAAUGCUAACGAACGUGGUGAGAAUGAUUCGGAUUCGGACAGUGAUUCAGAAUCUGAAGAUUGUGGCGAAAUGCAAGCUGAACUGAACGACCUAAGCUCAGACAUCGAAUUAAAAACCAAAUUAAUCGAACAACUGGAAUUAUCACAAAAUCGAUUGAAAAUAAUGAAACAGCACUAUGAAGAGAAACUCAAUGUUUUGAAUUCGAAAAUUCAGAACACUCAACAAGAACGAGAUCAAGUACUGGCGAACAUGUCCAUGGAAGCGGGCGUUGGUGGAAUUACGAAUUCAUUGUACGACAAAUCGGACAAAAUAAAGAAAGUUCGCGAUGAGUACGAACGAAAAAUAUCAGAUAUGCAAAAAGAGUUGCGCAAGCUGCAAUCAGCACAAAAGGAGCACGUAAGACAGCAACGUGAAUUACAAUCCCAGGAUUCUCAAUUGCGUACUUUGAAGAACGACCUGUUCGAGAUGAAGUCGGCCAAGAUAAAAUUGAUGCGCAAGAUGACUGAAGAGAAUAAUCGUCACAGGGAAGAGGACGGACGGAAAAACAAAGAAAUUUCCAAGCUUCGAAAGGAAGCUCGGAAGCAAUUAAAUACCAUCAAGUCACUGGAAGCUCAACAAGCAGCGAAGGAUCAGAUAUUAAAACGACGAUCCGAACAGGUGAACGCAUUGAAAAAAGACAAAACUAAACAUUUGAGUGUAAAGGCUGCUGGGCGUCUUCCAAACAAAAAGAACGCGUCACAAGCAUUUAGUGCUCGACAAGCUCGAAUCAAAUGGGAAUCAGUUUUACGAACCAUUAAUCGUGCAGCCCGAAGCAAACAAGCUGUCAUAGAGUUGGAACGUGAACUUGAACGACUAAUAGCGGAAAGGGAGGAUCUAAGCAGAGAACUGGCCAAUGUUCAGAGACGACAGAAAAUCCAACCGACUCUUGAUUUAGCUUCCGAAGAGGACACCCUAUCUGCUAAUUUGAAUUACAUUCAAGAGAACAUCACUCAAGUACAGCAUUCGAUAAUGGAAUUGGAAGAUGGCAAAGAAACGGUGAACGAAUCUCAAGCGCUGAACAGUAUGAUUGAGGAUGUUCAAACGGUGGAAGAGGCGAAAUUUUUGAUCGAGAAGUUGAGUAAUUCGGCAAUAUUACAGACCUGUGAUAUUGCUUUAACAAAUAGUCGUUUGAGCGAGCGUGAAGCGAUAUUGAACGAGGUGCAACAAGAAAGCCAAAUCCAACAACAACUUCUGCAACACGUUCUAUCGAAUAAUCCGAGUGUGAAUAUUUCGGAUACAUUUUUGCCCCACUCACAAUAUCUAACCAGUAACAUAGCUUACCUGCAACCAAACAACACUGGAAUCGAACGUAUUUCAGAACAUGGGAAUAAAAUUUUGCCAAGCUCUCCGUCCAGUCGAAGUACUUCACCGCAUCCAGAUGACUCUUCUUUAAAGACGCCCAAAGUACGACGAAGAACUGCUCUUCCGCAGGAUCUCUUGUUCGGCGAUGUUUCGGAUAAAAAUGAGAUGACUCGGUCAUUUAAUCAACCAGAAAACAGCCGAAGUUUUAUACCGCUGGCACGAGUUCCGAGCGCACCUGGGUCCUUGAAAGGACUCUUACCAAUGCCUGUGAAUCGACAAACAUCAUCGAAAAAAUCAGCAUCACCAAUUUUCUCACGAAAAACAUUUGACACCGUAACAGCACCGGUAUCACCACGCAUCGCACGAAAACAAUUUUUGAAUAAAGCUUCGCCAAUUUUAGAUGAGGACGUGACACGUACGCCACUGGCACUUCGGCGACUUCUUUCGCGUGAAGACACUGAUGUAUUUUCACGACUGGGAGCUGGCCAGACCGAUCCAACACCAGGAGGAGUUAUAAGGGUGACUAAUGAAAAGGCAAAGCUUGGGGUUCCUUUAGUUUGCACUCAUGUGGUCGAAGGUCAUAGCAGUUCCGUUUUAUCGCUACUGGUCAAUGAUAACAUUUUAUACACCGGUUCCGUUGAUCGAAGUGUGAAAAUCUGGGACAUGCAACAUGAAUCACGGCCCUCUUCUUUGAUUUCUCAUCCGGGACCCAUCGUUUCACUGGCACAUGACCGCAAAACAAAUUUACUGUUCACUGCUUGUGGGGCAUUUGUCAGAGUUUGGGACAAUCGAGCAGGAUAUACUAAGCCAGUAAAAAUUCUUUGCUCAUCCGGAUCGGUCUACACUGGCGUAUCGAAUCCAGGCCUACUUCAAAACGGUGAAAGCCCAAUAACUGCAUUAUGUAUUGGCGCGUCGGGAAAUUUGUUCUCAUCUGCAUCGGAUAAAGUCAGAAUUUGGGAUUUAAAUUCAUUCAAUUGCCUUGGUAAAUUGUCCGGUGGGCAUCAAGCCGCUGUGAUGUGCGUUACAUCUUGGAAGGGUGAAAAUAAUACGGAUUUCGUUGCUACUGGCUCAAAAGAUCACUAUGUUAAAGUUUUCGAGGUUCCGUCGAAUGGUGGACUGGUGAUGCCACUACUGCAUUUAGAACCACCGCAUUAUGAUGGCGUACAGUCAUUGGCUGUAACAAACAAUGCCUUGGGAGCAGAUGCUGCCUUAUUUUCAGGAAGUCGAGAUUCAGGUAUUAAAAGAUGGGAUUUGCGUAAUGGUGAAUUGAAGCAGUCUCUUAACAAUGCUCACAAAGGAUGGGUUUCUGGUAUGACAAUAAGCGAAAAUAUUUUGUUAACUAGUUGUCGCGGUGGAUAUCUUCGGUUGUGGAAUGUUGAAUCAUGUGAUAGUCUUGCCGAAAUAAAAACUGACUCUCCGAUCAAUAAUAUUGUAUCGGAUCGAUCUCUCAUCUACACGGCGGCAAAUUCUGGUGAGGUGCGGAUCUGGAGAUUUACAAACUCAAGAGGCUUUGUUAGUUAAAUAUCUUAAAUUAUUAUUUUUUGACGCACUUGACAUUAUAAAUUAAAGCAAAAAUAUUCUAACGACACAAACUAUUUACACAACACACACAAAGGCAUAUAUUUCUAUAUUUAAGUGAGUAGUAAGUAGAUGUAGAAGAAGCAUUUACGAGUUUUUAUGAAGGACUAAUGACGAUAAAUAAUCAAAUCAAAAGAGUAAAAAACAAACUUAAUUUCAAAAGCAUUAAAUGACAAUUUCAAAUAAUUUGUUUUAUUAAACUAUUUUAAUUUGAAUUUUAUUUUAGAUUUUACGUAAACUCCUUUCCUCAAACAUAACAGUAUUACAUACCAUAUUUAUCUACACUGAUUACUCGAGCAAUUGUUCCACCUUGAUGCGCCACAUAUUGUGCAAACAUUAUCAAUUCUAAGUCGCGGUGUCAUACUCUAUAUAUUGUCAGAUGAAUUAUAUACUUUGCUCAACUGUUAACGUGUGUAGGGUUGCGAUUAAAGUUGUAUAUGAACGGUCACUAAUGACCUCGGUUUCGCCUCGGAUCAUCAAAUUUCACACGAAUCUUUCCAGUUGGCAAGAGGCCAGUUAUAAUGCAUUUUUGCACAAUAUGUAUUUGGUAGAAUAGUGGUCCAGCCUACAAAGAUUUUAACUUGACACGAUUCUUUUUAUGAUCCCAUCAUAUUUCCAUUUUCUCGUGUGCUCACUCUCUGUAUAAACAUAUUAUACUGAGCAAAUAUUCUCGACAAGUCAUGUUACACAGUUCCAUUGCAGUUAUCGUAUUCUAAAUUCUAUAUCAAUUAUUUCGUCUCUAUCUCUUUCAACAUAUUUAGACAGAAGUAUGGUUUCCAGUCAACGAAAAGUACUCCGUGUGAGAGUCGUGAGAGAGCAGGCUGUCAAGUAAACAAAGGAAAAAUUUAAAAAAUUCAAUUUUGUCUCUCACACGGAGUACUUUUUUGGUAAGUGAAAUCAAGCCUUUACUAGGACGUCACAUUUUUCUCUCUACUCUUCACCAUCUUAAAAUCCUAAAUUAAAAUGGAAACUACCUACUGCAAAAUUACCGAGAACUUGAAAGAUAUUUUCAUAAUAACUCAAAGGUUCGUCGAAAUUAUGGUAUGGGACAUACCGGUUCAGACUCUAUUCGUUAAAAUAAAUUCAAUGUCAGCGACUUAUUGCUACUUUCAUUUUCUAAAUGUGACGCCGUCCUAUGCGAGAAUCUCGUAUCGAGAUGCUAAUUACUUAGUAAACAAAUGUUGUUAAUCAGUGAAAAUUUGAUACACAAACAAAAUUCGGUAACAGCCUCGAUAUAUAUAAGAACAUUUAUUGCUCAAUUAAAAAAACCACACAAUUAUUUGCUCAGAUUCGUAGAUUCCAAUUGUAAUAACAAAAAAUAAAAUCAAAAAUGUACCAAGAAGAAAUUUGUUUUCCAAACAUUCAAUUAACAUGUUAAAUAGAGUGGCGAACUGCUGGAUUACAAUUAGAUUUCAUAAAUAUUCUGUGAUUGUAAAACAUAGCCGUUCAACAUAAAACAAAAAUUGAUUCCUGAUCAAUGUAUACCAAAAUUAUGUUUGCAAAGACUAUAGUUAGUAAUUAGCUAAGCCUUCAAUAAAAUUAUUUUUAUUAAAGUAUUGCUAACAAUAAAA